AUGGAACUUAAAAUCUUUUCUGGAGAUAUCCAUUUUCCGGGAGAGAUAGAUAAAAUAUCCCGACACAGUGGUAUCUUGAUACCACCAGGAGCACUAAAAACAAAUUCUAAGAAAUCAAAAAAACUGAAAAAUUGGAUCUAUAUCCAACGAAUCACACCUACCAGGAAAAAGUAUUUUAUUUUGGAUCGACCAGUAAUCAUAUAUGAGAUAAUGAACGGUAUAAAUUUAGAAACACUUUUCCGCCAGGAUCUAUUGCAGGAAAAGGAUAAUCUGAAACUGCGAGUUGUCAAUUAUAUUCUUUAUGGAAAUGGUAAACCAAUUCGGGGAAUUUCUGACACAAGUAUUCAAUUAGUUCGUACUUGUUUAGUGUUGAAUUGGGACCAAGAAAAAAAAAGUUCUUGUAUCGAAGAGGCGCGCGCUUCUUUUGUUGAAGUAAAUACAAAUGGUCUGAUUCGUGAUUUCUUAAGAAUCAACCUAGAGAAAUCCCCUAUUUCCUAUAUCAGUAGAAAAAGGAACGGCCAAUCGGGUUCAGGACCGAUCUCUAAUAAUGGGUCAAAUCGCACCAAUACCAAUAUUAAUCCAUUUUAUCCCACUUAUUCCAAGACAAGGAUUCAACAAUCACGUAAACAAAAUCAAGUAACUAUUAGUACGUUGUUGAAUAGAAAUAAGACUUUUCGAGUAUUUAAAUAUUAUUUAAUGGAUGAAAAUGGGAGAGUUUUUAAUCCCGAUCCAUGCAGUAACGGCGUUUUGAAUCCAUUCAAUUUGAAUUGGUAUUUUGUUUUGGUUCGACAAAAUGUAAUAUGUGUUUAUGUAGCUAUUGGGCAAAAAGCGUCUUCUGUCGCUCAGGUAGUGACUACUUUACAGGAAAGAGGGGCAAUGGAGUACACUAUUGUGGUAGCCGAAACGGCGGAUUCUCCGGCUACAUUACAAUACCUCGCUCCUUAUACAGGAGCAGCUCUGGCUGAAUAUUUUAUGUACCGUCAACGACACACCUUAAUUAUUUAUGAUGAUCUCUCCAAACAAGCGCAGGCUUAUCGCCAAAUGUCGCUUUUAUUACGAAGACCGCCAGGUCGUGAAGCUUAUCCAGGAGAUGUCUUUUAUUUGCAUUCACGCCUUUUGGAAAGAGCCGCUAAAUCAAGUUCUCAGUUAGGUGAAGGAAGUAUGACUGCUUUACCAAUAGUCGAGACCCAAUCAGGAGACGUUUCGGCUUAUAUUCCUACUAAUGUAAUUUCCAUUACAGAUGGACAAGUAUUCUUAUCUUCCGAUCUAUUUAAUGCUGGAAUUAGGCCUGCUAUUAAUGUGGGUAUUUCCGUUUCUAGAGUCGGAUCCGCAGCUCAAAUAAAAGCUAUGAAACAAGUAGCUGGUAAGUUAAAAUUGGAAUUGGCGCAAUUCGCAGAAUUAGAAGCCUUUGCGCAAUUCGCUUCGGAUCUCGAUAAGGCUACUCAGAAUCAAUUGGCAAGAGGUCAACGAUUACGCGAGUUGCUCAAACAAUCCCAAGCAGCUCCUCUCACGGUGGAGGAACAGAUAAUGACUAUUUAUACCGGAACGAAUGGUUAUCUUGAUUCAUUGGAAAUUGGACAAGUAAGGAAAUUUCUCGUUGAGUUACGUACCUAUUUAAAAACGAAUAAACCUCAGUUCCAAGAAAUCAUAUCGUCUACCAAAACAUUCACUGAGGAGGCAGAAACCCUUUUGAAAAGAGCUAUUCAGGAACAGAAGGAACGCUUUCUACUUCAGGAACAAGUAUAAAGAAAUUAAGAACUUUUAAUUAAUCUUUAUUAAAAUAAAAUAAUUUCAUUUUAGAAUCGAUUAGAAUCGCUAUAUAAUCUAUAUAU